CUCCAGGUCAUGGGCGGUAUCGUGUCCUCUGAUAGCCACCUUCUAUAAUCCAUCCUUUUUUCUUGUUUUCUUUUGCGCUGUAACUUUGGUGUGAAAUCUAGCAAGAUGUCGGCGCAAGUUAUCUCCAACUCUGGUCAUGAGGACAUGAUUCAUGAUGCUGUCCUCGAUUACUACGGGCGCAAGCUAGCUACCUGCUCUGGCGACAAGACAAUCAAGAUCUUUGAGAUUGAGGGCGAAACCCAGCGAUUGAUCGAGACUCUCAAGGGACAUGAGGGUGCCGUCUGGUGUGUUGCUUGGGCGCAUCCCAAGUACGGCAACAUCCUCGCAUCGGCUGGUUACGAUGGCAAGGUAUUCAUCUGGAAAGAGCAGGGCGGACAAAACAACGCAUGGCAGCGAAUUUACGACUUCAACCUACACAAGGCCUCGGUCAACGUCGUCUCCUGGUCUCCCCAUGAGGCUGGCUGCCUGCUAGCCUGCGCCUCCUCCGACGGCAAUGUGAGCGUUCUCGAGUUCAAGGACAACAGCAUCGACCACACCAUCUUCCCCGCCCACGGUCUCGGCGUCAACUCUGUCUCCUGGGCUCCCGCUACUACUCCUGGAAGCAUUGUCAGCAGCGCUCCUGGUCCUGGUGCUACCGGCAACCGACGAUUCGUUUCUGGUGGUAGCGACAACGUCCUCAAGAUCUGGGCUUUUGAUGCUGCUUCUCAGACCUACAAGCAAGAGCGUGAGCCCCUGACUGGUCACACCGACUGGGUUCGUGAUGUUGCCUGGUCCCCUACUGUCCUCCAAAAGUCAUACAUCGCUUCUGCUUCGCAGGACAAGACAGUCCGUAUUUGGACAUCUGACCCCUCAAACCCUACCCAGUGGGAAUCUAAGGUUCUCAACUUUGAGGCGGCUGUGUGGCGAGUUAGCUGGUCGCUCAGCGGUAAUGUGCUGGCGGUAAGCGGUCAGGACAAUAAGGUGUCGUUGUGGAAGGAGAAUCUCCGAGGCGAGUGGGAGUGCGUCAAGACAAUUGAGGAAUAGAUGGCGGCAAAGUAAAGCACGCAACGCAACGAUGAGUACAAAUAGGAGAGCCAGGCGUUCAAGGCAAACAAAAGGGUGAUUAUCUUGCUAUGAUCUCUUGAACCUGAUGUGGGACGCAACGUGAUGAGCGCGAAUGUAGCCGAAUAAUGCUAUAGAUGGGCUUGCGUAUAUCACGGGCUUGGGCCCGAUAACUUUUCUGGCGGUCAUUGUGAUGGAUCAAGAGAGCCACUCUGGCUCAGUAAUAGAACUGAGAAUUUUUAACAAUGUUAUGUUAUCGAU